AUGUCGCACGUACGUCAAUGUCCGACCUACCUCAAACUGCACCAGCCUACGUUGUUAGAUAGUUGGAUGUGUCUUGUAAUAUCUGAGGGUGAACAUUUAAACCUACAACCGCUGUAAAAUAUAGUUUAAAAGGCCAAGCGCCGCGGUUUCAGUUCGUCUCUUUCUUGUUCCGUUCACGUCAUCUGUCUGCGACGCAACGGAAUUGUGAGGCUGUUGUGAGGUUGCAGCUAACUAGUCAGCAAACCUAGCUCCGACAUGGUGAGUUGUUGAAUUAAAGUCUUAAACAUCAACAUAUAUGUAAUAACUAUACUCUCCGCAUUAAGACAUGUUUUGUGUCUUAUGUGGAAGUUAUUUCACUCUUGUAGCCGUUCUUAUUGCGAGCCACUGUCCCUAGUUAGGUAGCCAGGUGGAUAACUUGUUAGCUAGUCGCAAAUUCCUCAGUGAAGCCAGCUGAGCUAGCUAGCUAACUUGAUUAAUCCAGAAAAGUAGAUUCUGUUGUCUUUUACAUUUCUUGUUAAGACGAGGUUUCCCUCAAACUCAGUUAGGAACAUGUCCCACUGAAAGGUCGAGGCUAGCGUUUAACACAAUUGCAUAAACCUGGAAACCUGUGUUGACAACUUAAAAAGCCUUCAACCACUAGUAACAGUCCUGAAGUAGCCUGUUUGUAUUUAGGUGUGACAGAACUGAAACUAUUUAAUGACUUUGCAAUAGCUAUGCCAUUAGAUUCAAUACUGUAUGAUUUAGCUACCCUGCUUAUGUGGAGUCAUAAAUGCAUCCUAGAUGGAUGUUGAACCAGCAAUAACCGCUCUCAUUCCCUCUCUAGUCUGCCAUAUUUAACUUCCAGAGCCUGCUGACGGUGAUCCUAUUGCUCGUCUGUACCUGUGCCUACCUCAGAGCCAUGGCCCCCAGUCUCCUGGACAAGAACAAGACCGGGUACUUACUGACAGUGUUAGCCCACUGAGCUAAAGGUCUUACCUUAGAACUCUAGCUGGCCCCUAGCCUGCCAGAGAAGGAUAAGACUGGGUAUGUACUAGAGCUGGGCGAUGUGGACAAAUGUCCAUAUCACGAUAAACUGCCUGAAUUGAUGCGGUAAUGAUAAAUAUAAUGAUAUGUUUAUAACAUUAAUGUGUACCAGUUUUUUUUAUAUUACCCUUAACUACUACCACUAGUUUGAUUUAACAAUCACCCAUAUUAGCUUAAUUUAUUUCAUUUAAAAUGUCAAAUUGUUCUAGUAUAGGCUACUUGUCGUAAUGAAUGAUUUCAGCAAAAUGCCUGCGAUAUGGUACGGUCGGUGUCGAUAACUUUAGGUGUAUCGUCCCAGCUCUAGUAUGUACUGACAGUGUUAUCCCUCUGAGCUAAAGCCCUAGUUGGUAGCAGCCCUGGACUUAGCCUGCUAUAGAAGAAAAAUACUGGGUAUACUGGCUCUAUCACACUAAAACACCUAUACAGACAGUGUUGUUCAUCCACUGAGCUAAAGCCUAGAGGCCUACAUUUGUUAGCUUCUGAAUGACAACAUUCAGGGAAAGCAAUGUUACCCCAACGGCCAACUUUAACCCCAGCAUUAAUCCAACUCUGAUACACUAACAUCAUUGCUCAACUCAUCAUGCCUGUUCAAGCAAACCAAAUCUCACACUAGGUAGCCAGCUAACUACCUUGAGAGACUAUUCUGUCUGUCACUGACUCUUCGCAUGUGUAGGUCUCUACUCAGAUCCUCUGGCUGUGUUGACUGUAUUCCACUUCAUCCAUAUAAUGCUCUAGGGAGGAGAGUAGAGCUUUGUGUUUUUAUGUGUUCCUUUGAAGAGGACAAGAAGUGUUUGCGGCUACUAGCGGUGAUAAACAAUAUUAUAUAUCACUCUAGCAUAAACUAGAUAAGUGACUGUGUUUCUGAAUCUGAGUGAGAGUUGUGGUAUUUGGGACCACAGCAUACAUACACAACACAUCAGUUCAAUGUUGUUCUUGGUGGGGGGAAGCUAAGCGCUGAUAAAACCACAACAGUUCAGUCUUUCUCUCUUUUCACAACUGUGUUUUUUUUUCCUCUGAGUGAGGGAGGCUAAGGCAACAAGCUGUGUGCCACAUGUUGGGUUAGGGGGAAAUGAGGGGAGUAUUGUGAGCCAGUGAUCUGAGCUUGGCAAACACACUCUCCAAGAUAAAUUAGACUGACACACUGCCUGGGCAUUACAGUGCUGGCAUUAACAAACACACACACUGACCCCCCCCUCCCCCCCAAAGACCAGGACAAUGGAGGCCUGUCUGUGUUGUUGGGGUGUCAGUGAUGACACUGCUCAUUGGCUCAGCUGGAUGACAGAUAUAUGGUGGUCUAAAAGGCCACAACCUAUUUAGGCUAGUACUUAUGAAUCCUGUUUCCCAUUGAUCUAAUUUCUCAUAUUAGCAAAUUUGAUAUUGCUAUACAUUGGUGGUGGAUGGAAUGUAAGAACUUUUGAGACCUAGGGAAAGCACCAUGAUAUGAUAUCCAUCAUUAUGUAAAAGAUAAAAAGCCAAUCUUUUCCACUUUCUAAAUGUGUUCUACUAAUCUAAAUAUUGGAUAUUGUUAUUUGUAUUAUUUUUAAGGUGACUGGUAUCAUUCAGCAGUGAUAUGGUGCUGAGUUUGUGUUUAGACAAGUAACUGAACCAGCUCUUCUGUUUUGGCUAAAGAAAAGGAAGGGAAGAAAGGAUGGGAGAAAAUAUGAAGACUGCUGGCUGAACCAUUGUGCGUCUGUCUCCAGUAGCGGUUCUGGUGGGCUAAAGCUUUUCUACACGCGCACAGACAGAGAUGAGUGAUGGAGAGAUAGAGGGGAUAGUGUGUUCUGUUGUGGGUUUAAAACAAACUCCAGUGCAGACCGACUCCCAGAGGAGUGCUUACACGCAGUCUACACUCUGACCCCUGACCUUUAAUACCUGACCUCUGUGUUGUCUCAGUCACAGAGUGGGGGUCGGGCUCUGUCCCAAUUCUCUCACAUGGUUUCUUGUUCUUGUCUGGUCUCCCUCAUAGAUACAUGGGACUGGAUUUUAUUUUCCCGCUGCACUGCUUUUGCAUAUCGGUUUUUAUAUCUGAGGUCAAGAAGGAAAUUAGACCUAUGCUGUGUUCUAAACAACUCGGAAAUCUCCAACUUCAGUUGAGGGGAACAAGCUCUGACUGGGAAAAUCGUUUUGAACGGUCAUCCAACUCGGAAUUCCAAGUUGGAAACUCGGGCAUCUUUCUAGAACUCUGACUUGCUGACCUGAAGAUCACUGAAGUCAUGAUUUAAUCUAGUUUUUUUUCCCCCCAAGUUCCCAGUUGUCUUGAAAGCUUCAAAAUAAAUAAAGUAAACACAAGGAAGGAAGCUGUUUGAGGUGGUUGGGACAUGACCUUGGAGACAGUGGGUGCUUAGUCUGGAGGAGUCGUGUCCUACCACCCCAUCAGGCCUGUCAUGGCCACUUCAGACUUAGUCACCAUCUCUACAGUUGGCGUUCUCUAUUUUCCAAACAAUGCUUAACUCUGACUCUCCUCUCCCUCCUCUAUGGCUGGUACUGAGGGGGAAGGAAAUUUAAUUCAACUGUCUGAUCCCCCUAAUCAUCCCCAUCAAGAUAUGGACACACACAAUUUCCGUCUGCCAGUUCAGUUGAGGGCUAGUGGGCUAAUUAGUAGCCUCUAGCAUCACCUUACUGCACCUCUCACCCACUCACUCAGUCAGUCAGUCAGUCCACAUGUGUGUUUAAUAAACUCAGGACCCCCUGAUGUGUGUGUCGGUUCACUGACUGUCCCCUUCCUUACAGUAUAUGGACCAUCUGUCUCUGUAUCUCUCUUGAUCUACUCUUUUCAAGUUUUCUUAUUAAAACUUUGUUGGUUGUGUACAACAAUACCUAGCUAAUUAACUGUCUUUCUUUUUUCAGCCUCUUGGGUAUCUUCUGGAAAUGUGCCAGAAUAGGUAUGUUAUUUGGCGUUGGCUAUAUAAUCAACAGUUUUAUAAUCUAGAACCCAGAUCUAGAAGACUUGUGAUGAUGGCCAUCUAUAAAUUGUUGCUCUUUUAUAACCCAGUGUUGGAUUACUGUGGUCAGUUGUUGUUUUUUAACACCAUGAAAGCAUUCAGUAUUUCCCUGUUAACUUCUGACGUCUCCAAUCAUCACCUCUAACAUCUGCCCCCCAGGUGAGAGGAAGAGUCCGUACGUGGCGGUUAGUUGUGUCAUCAUGGCCCUCUCCAUCCUCUUCUCCGACUAG